UGCCCUUUGGAGAUCGCAGUGUGUAACGUGAGCUCCUGUCCAGAGGGAGUGGGGGGAGAGGCGCCCCCUGCAUGCUGGCCUGUCCCGUCGCCGGCGCGGGGCUUGGCCGGAGGUGGCUGCCGGGCGCCCUGCCGCUCUCGCCACCGCCUCUGACGCCCGAGGCCGGGGUGGUCGCGGGUCCGUUGGAGCAGGGCCGCCCCGCAACCGGAGGAGGAGGCCUGCACCAUGGCAGCCCGGCUGGGAGCCCUCGCCGCGUCGGGGCUCUACCGGCGGCGCCAGCACCGGCAGAGCCCACCGCCCGCCGCGCCGGGCAACAUGUCCAGCGCCUUGGCCAACGCGGUAUGCCAGCGCUGCCAGGCGCGCUUUGCCCCUGCCGAGCGGAUCGUCAACAGCAACGGAGAGCUGUACCACGAGCACUGCUUCGUGUGUGCCCAGUGCUUCCGGCCCUUCCCCGAGGGGCUCUUCUACGAGUUCGAAGGCCGGAAGUACUGCGAACACGACUUCCAAAUGCUGUUUGCUCCGUGUUGCGGAUCCUGCGGUGAGUUCAUCAUCGGCCGCGUCAUCAAGGCUAUGAACAACAACUGGCACCCGGGGUGCUUCCGCUGUGAGCUGUGUGACGUGGAGCUGGCUGACCUGGGCUUCGUGAAGAACGCAGGCAGGCACCUGUGCCGGCCUUGCCACAACCGGGAGAAGGCCAAGGGCCUGGGCAAGUAUGUCUGCCAGCGGUGCCAUCUGGUCAUUGAUGAGCAGCCCCUUAUGUUCAAGAAUGACGCCUACCACCCGGACCACUUCAGUUGCACCCACUGCGGGAAGGAGCUGACUGCAGAGGCCCGAGAGCUGAAGGGUGAGCUCUAUUGCCUGCCCUGCCAUGACAAGAUGGGCGUCCCCAUCUGUGGGGCCUGUCGCCGGCCCAUCGAGGGCCGUGUGGUCAACGCACUGGGCAAGCAGUGGCACGUGGAGCACUUUGUCUGCGCCAAGUGUGAGAAGCCAUUUCUGGGGCACCGGCACUACGAGAAGAAGGGCCUGGCCUACUGUGAGACCCACUACAACCAGCUCUUUGGGGACGUCUGCUAUAACUGCAGCCAUGUGAUCGAGGGUGAUGUGGUGUCAGCACUCAACAAGGCCUGGUGCGUGCAUUGCUUCUCCUGUUCCACCUGCAACAGCAAGCUCACCCUGAAGAACAAGUUUGUGGAGUUCGACAUGAAGCCUGUGUGUAAGAGAUGCUAUGAGAAGUUCCCGCUGGAGCUGAAGAAGCGGCUGAAGAAGCUGUCAGAACUGGCCGCGCGCAAGGCCCAGCCCAAGUCCGUGGGCCUCAACUCUGCCUGAGAGGCCUCCUGCCCACCCUCUGCCUCCACCCCAUCCCUUCCUGCUGGCACCCCCUGCCCUUCGCUGCCUCCACUCCUCAUCUCUGCUCCCUGUCUGUGGCCUCCCCCUCCUUCCUUCCUCUGCCCCUCCCCUCCCAUACCUCUUCCGCCCCUCCCCUUCUUUCUCUCCCUUCUUUCCCUCCCCCACCUCGCUCCCCUGCUUUCUUUGCUCACCACCCCUUCUUUUGCCCCUAAUCCCUCCUCCCCAGACCUCUCUUCUCUCCCUUGCUGUGGGCUCCUCUCUCUCCUUCUGUGCAGGCAUGGGGCAGACGCAGGGCCCUUGAGCCUGUGACGACCUGUGCCCACAAGCCUUAGCUCCAGGUCCUCCGCGAGUGAAUCAGGGCCUGGGGUCACCUGGCCCUGGUCGUGGGCCACUGCUCCCAGCCCUGCUCAUCCAGACUUGUCCCAUUCCUGCAGGGGCACCCAGCAGCUCACAUCCUUCUGUGGGAGCUUGGCCAGCCUCCACCCCAUAGUGGUCCCACUGUGCGCACAUGGCCCUGGGGAGGCCACAGCCAGGCAGCUGCUCCAGCCCCAUGACCCUAGCCAUGAGCAGGGGGGCCUCUGGGGAACCACCCUUUGACCCUUGGCCACACACCCAACCAAGUAGGUUGUGCUUAAACUGCCACCGCACCCCACAAAUCAUCCUCGGAGGGACAAGCACCCCCCCCCCCCCCCACCGCCAUCACUCAGGAAGCCUCCUUCCUGAAAUCUGGCCUUGGCCACUCCACCCUGGGCCAGGGGCCACUGUGGCUCCCUGAAGCUCCUCUGUGGUCCCCUCAGCACCUCGGGCUCCCUGCUGCUUACCCGCCCCCCCCCCCUGAGGGCACGUGCUGAUUCUCUGGGUGUAGCUGACCGGGGGCCAGAAGGUAGUGGCCUUCUGACUCACUCUGACCCUCCAGGGCCAGCACAGGAACUGGCGCUUGCAUGAUGACUGAAGGCUUACUUACACGACCACAUGGCCGGCGUGGGUUUUGGCGUGAGAGGGAGCAGGUAAGGCCGCAGCCCCCAUGGACAUACUGCUUCGGGGUCGUUUAACGCUUAGAGACAUAGACACAGAACAGGACUAGGACCCAGCUCUUGCUGGCAGGGCCAGGCUGCCGUCGGGCCUUGGAGACCAGUCCAGCCAGAAACCUUCAGUCCAUGAAGGCUGGCCAGGUGGGUAGGAUAGGUAGGAUGGAGCCCGCCAGCAUGGUGGCAAUGAACCCAGGCCACUAAGGCUGUGCGUCCAGCUCUGCUCCCACCUGGGCACAGGCUGGCCUUCGCGUGAAGCCAGCAGCCAGAGAGCAGGCAGGCCUGGCCUGCACCUGCACCAGGCCCUCCUGGGAGCAGUUAUGUGUCCCAGUGCCCUGUGGGGGAAGGAGAAAGGUACGCAAAGGGGCCUCAUAGGAAGAGGCAGGAGGGAGGGGGAAAGCAGAUGAGGGGAGGAGGGAGAGACCAAUGAAGUCAUUCACGGAGAAUGGAGUUGUCAUCCAGGCAUCCCCAGAGAAGUCACAAUGCUUUUUGCUUUUUCUGGAAGAGACCUUUUGCUGGCCAGUGCCUCCUAGGCCUCCUGCCCACCUGACCAUCCCCCCCACCCCGCCCCACC